AUGUCACUCGAGCUGUUCAGAAAUCUGUCACGCCAUUUUCCACCAGACUGUGACAUGGCAAUCGGGCAUUCAUUCCAAUGGUCACUUCUUCUUGAUCAUGCCUCCAUCACGAUUCACGCCAAUAUACCGUCUGGAACCAGAUUCAACUACGCUGAAAGUUUGAUUAACACCUUCCCAUUGAGUCUUCUUAUCGGUCUUGGUUCAGUUUUCCUCUUCUCGCCAAAGCUUUUACGAGCUUAUUUGACUCAACCUUUUAGACCUUCUCUCACACCUGAUCAUCUCACUUGGCACGUAUGGCAAAAACUUCAACAUCUGAAUCCUACAAGCCCAAACCAUGACCCAAAUAAUCUCGGCGUACCUCCACCAGAAGAUUUAGUAGCUCGAAGGCCAGGAAAACAAAAAGCUGAACAUAUCCCUCCCAAGAUGCCUUUACCAAAGAAGAUUAACCUCCAUUCGGAUGAAUUAUGA